AAACAGCCUAAGCUUCUGUAAAUCGCCGUUUCUAUCUGCCAAUUGGAACAGUAGACAUGCGCCACCGGUAGAUGACACUCUAGUGUUUCGACCAAAGUCAAUCACUCAUUACCAUGGUCGCUUAAAACUCUCUACUCUUCUUAGACGCUCAUUUACCUCCGCGACACGAAGUAGUGCACGUGGAUAAUCACUUAACUCGGAGAUCACGUAAAGUGGCAAUAUAACAUUGUGUCGUCUGCAAAAGUGGUUAUUAAUUUUUUGAACCUUAGUUCCGUGUGCAUUGUGUUAAUUCUUGUGCUACAACAUAUAAAAUGACGAUGCAGAAUUACGGAGGAUUUGGUUUACAACUACCGCAUCCACAGACUAUGUUUGGUCUUCCUCAUUCUCAGUCAUCAAUGAGCCAACCGUUGUAUCUGGGAGGACAAUUUCCGGGUGGACACCCCGGUUUACCACCAACAGUUCAGACAUUUGGUUUGGCAGAAAGGCUUGCAGAUAUUAUAUUAGAAGCCAGGUAUGGUGCUCAUCGUAAACAAAGGCGAAGUAGAACUGCUUUUACCAAUCAACAAUUAGCUGCUCUAGAGAAAACGUUUGGUAAAACACAUUAUCCCGAUGUCGUCAUGAGAGAGAGGUUAGCUAUGAUGACUAAUUUACCAGAAGCAAGGAUACAGGUCUGGUUUAAAAACAGAAGAGCUAAAUUCAGAAAGAAGCAGAGAGCAUCAAAGAAGAGGGAAGAUGGCGAUGACACUGAAGGUACACCGGCAACUGCAGACGUGGGAAAAGAUGAAGUCGGUUGUAGUGAUCACGGCAGUGGUGAAUUAGCUAGUAACGAAUCGCCGUGUGGUAUUCUCAGUGAACCAGAAGAUAAUGACAUGGUAGAUGAUAACAAUUUGUCAGUGGAUGUAGAAUCUAUAGAAGGCAGCCAUGAUGAAGAGUCUCCAUGUGGCACGGCUACUAACCCUAUCGGAUUAAUCCAAAGGGAAACAGAGAUUAAAAAUAAAGAUGAAAGGUGUAAAUUAGAUGACAAUGUAUAUGGUGAUAAAUCUGCUUCACCUUCCUCACCUAUACCACAUCUAACCUGUUCAUCACCAUCUUAUAGUUACAAUAAUAAAGCUACAGAAUCUGGUGCUCAGCGUAGUCCCGUUCCCUAUCAGUAUUCCGUUUCACAACUAGGAAUGUUUAACUUCCAACAACAGGCUCUAGCCAGUGCCAUGUUACAAAAACAGAUCCAAUUCCAACAAUCAUCAGUUCUACCUCAAAUGCCUUUGUUUCAUUUCCCAACCAACGGAGCUAGUCAACUGAAUAAUUGGCCGUCAUAUUAUCCACCUACCACUGUACCAGAGUCCACACAGUCGUCAGUUUCCCGCCCGGAGCACAUUCGAAUCCCACCCCCUGCACAUGCACCACCAAUAUCUUCCCCUAUUGGUUCGCCGUCUUCCACUACCAAGGACGCCAUUUUAAAUUCCAGUAUCGAAAACUUGCGCUACCGGGCAAGACAACAUGCGGCUUCUUUAGGAUUAUAUGAACAUUAAACAAGCGUGUGUAAAUAUAGAAUUAUAAAUACUGCAUAUUUAGUAUUUAGUGCUAUUACUUAUCUUUUGCGAAUUUUGAAAUUCAGAAGAUAAAGUCUGGAAAUGCAAUGCAAGUUUGAUAUUCUCAUAUAAAGUGUUUAGAUAUAUUUAAAACUUUAAAGUGCUAUAUAUUUAAAAGUGCUUUAAAAAGUGCUUAUACUGGGGGUAUGGUUCAGUAAUGAAAGAAAUCGGUCAGUUUUCAAUCGACUAUGGUCCAGUUCCUCUUGCAAACAUCUAUGUUAGAUAUUUUCCAGUAUUAUAUGUAGAAAAUGGUGUGGUUAACAACAUAUCGAUUCUUUGUAGUCAUUAUAAAUUUUGUCACAGGUAAUGUCUCAAUAUAAAGCUCAUGUCUCUGUAAACUUAAAAACGUCAUCAUGAAUUUUCUUUUUUUAAAAGUAUUUUUGCUGGUUAGAACCGGGUAUAUCUUCACUAAUUUGUAGAUACACGAGUCCAUGUUAUGGAUGCCUGUAUGUACUAUAAUUCUUCUUAUCAUGUGUGUAGCUCACGUGGAUACCAAUACGUCAUUAUUACAUUGUAUGGCGGUUUUUAGUUUUAAAAUCAACAGGCAUUAUGUUCGUAAGGAUGAGAGAUAAUUGUGUAAUACAUGUAAGAUUGUUUUAUUUCACUUCACCACCAUAUUAACUACAAUAUUUAAUAAUAAUAUGGCCUAGUUGCACUUCUUUAUAUUAUGCACCUGUAACGAUGUUUUGUCCUGUGACUAACUAUAGUAUUCAUUGCUGAGUAUAUUAAUUUAAGAUUCAGGUUCACGUGUAAAUUAUACUUUGUUAUUUUUCACUGCAGAUAUCGAUAUUCUCCGCAGUAGAAAUGUUAUGUGCCCCAAAUUUGUAUUACUAUUAUUACGAUAUGACAUAAAGUAUUAAAGUUGUAAAUUUGUAA